CUCGAGUUGACAUCACUCGAAAUUUUGCUUAGCAGUGUGUGCGCCUGGCCGAGUUCCACCCACAAACAGUCACGUCGACAACCUCUCCAGACCUCGCCAGACCUACACCAUGGCCCCCUUCGCCUCGCCGAUGAGCUGCUCCCAUUCGCUGUCAGCUGCGAAGCUGUUUGUCCAGCUUGCGCCAAAGCGAGGCUCCGAGCCCGUCCUCGAAUUCCUCCUGCCCCGAAGCCGCUCCGUCAUCUCCACUAGGCCCUUCCAUAAUAGCUCCGUCCACGCCCGGAGAACACAGACCUCGACAGCCACUCACCAUGGGCACUUCCGACGCUCUGUGGGGUGGGGGACAUCGAGGGGGAUGCUGCCCGCACACGCCAUGCCUUCGCCGAGAAUACAAAAGGCAUUCGCCCCUACGACGACGAGGAGUUACACCCAAGCAGUGUAUAACCCCCAGCAGGACGAGGAUGGCAACGAUAUGACUUUGGAGAUCACGCCCAGGGCAGCAAAGCGCCUCACCGAGAUAAUGUCCAAGGACCAAAACCCACAGCUCGCCCUGCGCAUCCAGGUCGAGUCGGGGGGCUGCCACGGCUUCCAGUACCUCAUGUCACUCGUCACGCUGCCCGACGAGAUCCCCGCCCAGCCCGCGGCGGCGGCCGAGGCGGCUGAGCACCCCGGCGAGGGCGCCAGCUCAGGCGAGGUGCGCGAGGACGACACCAUCUUCACCUACACGCCUGAGCAGGGGCAGCAGGCCGACCUCAAGGGCGGCGCCAAGAUCAUACUGGACCAGCCGUCGCUGGACCUCCUCAAGGGGAGCAAGGUGGACUACACCAUGGAGCUGAUCGGGUCGCAGUUCAAGAUUGUGGACAACCCGCUGGCCACGAGCAGCUGCGGGUGCGGGACGAGCUUUGAUAUCAAGGUUUAGACAUACCUAGGUAGUGGGAUGGAUGCUCCUGCGGCAGGCACUACCAUUUUAUAUCAAACAAUUACAUACGAUACUCUCAGCACAUUCACACACCAACGACGUCACGACCCAGAAUUCAGAGGCAGUGAACCGCGGUAU